AUGGCCAGACCACCACAACCAUCUCUUGUAUUUAUGGAUGAAACCAACGCUGGGGGGCACCGAGAGAUCCGAGUCCCUGGGCCCGCCCGGCUCAUGGGCUACCUCAGCUUUUUGUUUCGCUUCAAAUUGGAACAGACUAUGCAGAGCUAUUCGGAUGUCUUUGAAAUCACUCUUCCUAUCACCGUCUUUGUCCUGAGCGACGAUGAUUUCCUGCAGGAUGAGGCUGAGGAGCGAGCAGCCCCGGCUCCCGAGCUGGGGGAGGAGGAGCAGGAGGUUGAGAGCUGCGCUCUCCUAACAAGCUCUGUGACGCCUUCGAGUGACAGCAACAGUUCAACCAUUUCGAAAGAAAACAAGGGCGUUUCGAAUAAGGAAAAUAGUGUGGAAUGCUCUGAAGACAACUACUUUGCUGAGAGUGUGUGUAACAGCUCAAAAUUAUCUUUAAGUGAUGGGUGUGAGGCAGGCACAGGUAAAUAUAGCCCAGAUGAUGUGCUGCCCACAUCAUCUUGCAUUACAGAGCUUCCAGACCAAACUAGUGACACGGAGGAGUGUGAUGGCGAUGACUCCUUUCAGAAGAUUCCUCCUCCUCUCCUCUCCUCUGCUGGCAGUGAAGGUAGAGAAGAUCCCAUCGACACAAGCAAACAGUUGACAUUGGCAGUGAUUCUCAGACGCUGUGAGGAACCCAGGCACAGCGAGGAAUUCAGAAAUGGGGAGGAACUCUUCAGUGUUGCAAGUGUUGUUCCUGAUGGCACUCAAGAGCACCAACCCAAAAUCUGCAAGGAGAUGGAGACAGUUGUUGAAGUGGAAGGUAACUUGUUCAUAAGACUAAUGCAAGAAUUUAACAAAUCUGGCAAAUCUCAAGUUUUUGGUGUAGGAAAGACGUUUAUUCAUCAUAUGAAGGGGCAUAAAGAGAGACCACCUUACCAGUGUCCUCAGUGUGAUUACUCCUGCUUUAGCUUAUUGUACUUGUUAAAACACCUGUACUGGCAUGCUGGGUAUAAACUGUACCAGUUGUUGGUGUCAGUGGGAGAAUGCUGGCUUCAGAAGUAG